GAUCUGGCAGGCAGCACACACACACACGCGCGCACACACACGCAUACUCACACACGCGCACACACGCCCCAGGAUCGGCUCCGGGGCAGCCCAGCCCGCAGGCAGGGCAGAUCGCGCUCAGCCCUUCUCUCCGCUCCCUGCCUGCCCUCCCGCUGGAUCCCCCUCGGGGUGGUCCCUCAGCCCCCAGCCCCAUCUCGCCGCCACGGAGCCAUGAAGACCGCUCAGUGGAAGACCGCCGGGCUCCUCUUCUUGCUGGGGGUCCUUCUGUUUGCCUCUGCCGACAGGGCCAUGUACACGAAUCAGUUCUGGGUUGAGUUGCAUCAAGGGGGAGAGGCAGAAGCCAAGCAACUUGCUGCAGAAUAUGGCUUUAGUGGGGUCCGGAAGCUUCCCUUUUUAGAUGACGGGUACUAUUUUUAUCAUAAUGGCAUCGCGAAGGCCAGGAGAAGACGCAGUCUUCAGCACAAGCUACUUUUGGAAAAGGACAUUAGGGUUAAGAAGGCUGUGCAGCAGGAAGGCUUUAACAGAAAAAAGCGAGGCUAUAGAGAUAUCAAUGAAAUCGACAUUAACAUGAACGAUCCUUUAUUUACAAAACAGUGGUACCUGAUCAACACUGGUCAAGCAGAUGGGACUCCUGGACUUGAUCUUAAUGUAGCUGAAGCCUGGGAGCUGGGAUAUACAGGGAAAGGAGUUACUAUAGGAAUUAUGGAUGAUGGAAUUGAUUAUCUUCAUCCUGAUCUUGCCUCAAAUUAUAAUGCCAAAGCCAGCUACGAUUUCAGCAGCAAUGAUCCCUACCCAUAUCCCCGUUACACAGACGACUGGUUUAACAGCCAUGGAACCAGAUGUGCAGGCGAAGUGUCAGCUGCGGCAAACAAUAACGUCUGUGGAGUGGGUGUGGCAUACAACUCAAAGGUGGCAGGUAUCCGAAUGCUGGACCAGCCAUUUAUGACAGACAUUAUUGAGGCUUCCUCCAUCAGUCACAUGCCUCAAGUCAUAGAUAUAUAUAGUGCCAGCUGGGGUCCAACUGAUAAUGGAAAGACUGUGGAUGGACCCAGAGAACUAACUUUGCAAGCAAUGGCAGAUGGUGUUAACAAGGGACGUAGUGGCAAGGGAAGCAUUUAUGUCUGGGCCUCUGGGGAUGGGGGCAGCUAUGAUGAUUGUAACUGUGAUGGCUAUGCAUCAAGUAUGUGGACGAUCUCCAUCAAUUCUGCUAUUAAUGAUGGCCGGACUGCUCUGUACGAUGAAAGCUGCUCUUCAACCUUGGCCUCCACAUUCAGCAAUGGAAGGAAGAGGAACCCUGAAGCUGGUGUGGCUACUACAGAUUUAUAUGGCAACUGUACUCUGCGUCAUUCUGGAACAUCUGCAGCUGCACCAGAGGCAGCUGGAGUGUUUGCACUAGCCCUGGAGGCUAACCUGGAUCUAACAUGGAGAGACAUGCAGCAUCUGACUGUGCUCACCUCCAAAAGGAACCAACUGCAUGAUGAGGUUCAUCAGUGGCGUAGAAAUGGUGUUGGUCUGGAAUUCAACCAUUUGUUUGGCUAUGGAGUCCUUGAUGCUGGGGCAAUGGUUAAAAUGGCGAAAGACUGGAAAACUGUUCCAGAGAGAUUCCACUGUGUUGGGGGAUCAAUACAAGAACCAGAAAAAAUAUCAUCGGCUGGCAAAUUAGUACUGACCCUUACAACUGAUGCUUGUGAAGGGAAAGAAAACUUUGUCCGCUACCUUGAACAUGUACAAGCAGUCAUAACUGUGAACUCUACUAGGCGAGGAGACCUCAACAUCAACAUGACAUCACCUAUGGGGACUAAAUCCAUUUUACUGAGCCGACGUCCAAGGGAUGAUGACUCCAAGGUGGGGUUUGAUAAAUGGCCUUUCAUGACAACACACACUUGGGGAGAAGACCCCAGGGGCACUUGGGUCCUGGAGAUUGGGUUUGUUGGUAGCGUGCCACAGAGGGGAGUACUGAAGGAAUGGACAUUAAUGCUACAUGGGACACAAAGCGCACCAUAUAUAGACCAAAUAGUAAGAGAUUACCAGUCCAAACUGGCCAUGUCCAAGAAGGAAGAGCUGGAAGAAGAAUUAGAUGAAGCAGUAGAGAGAAGUCUGAAGAGUAUACUGAGCAAAAACUAGCAUUGGUCUGCAUGUUUGUCUCUUUCUUUUCCCAGUCCUCUCUUCUCACCUUUCUACUAUCCAAUCUUCUGUGUUAGGCAUAUUACAAUGGUUGUCUCUGUAGCCAAAUUAUCAUACUUUCUUGAUUUUAAAGUCUUCUAUCUUGUUGAUGAUUAUUUUAAUUACAACUGAAGCAAUCCUUGUUUUUUACUCUAAAUGACAAAUCUAUUGUUCCUUACCAACUAUUAUGUACAGUUUGUGACAAUAAAUUAUCUUUUGUGUCAUACAAAUAAGUAAUAACUUGCAAACAAAACCAUAAUAGCUUUUCCCUACAUAUUUUUGUGGUAAACAUUGUUUGUACUUUAAAAAAAAGGUAAAGGAUUAUAAAAUUGGCACUUGGUGAGAAUGAGCCUAUUUUUUUUCAACUAUCUUGAAAGAGGUAAUAGUAGUAAUACAAUAGUUUAUGAUGCCUUUGGUUGUCUACAGCCCAAUUCCGCAUCAUUAACUUUAAUGGGAGUUUUCCCAUUGGUGACGAUUGGAUUAGGAAUAUGCCCCAAAAGACAAAAAUAUCCAGAGAUCAAAAAACAAUAAUCCUUACAGAAACAAUUGUCUUGUUCAGUUUCCUUUAAAACACAGACAUAGACACAUGCGUUGAGACACACACACAGGGAAAAUUAUUUUUGAUGAAAAGAUGGUUGAAUUGUAGGCAAUAAAACCAAAUAAUCUUAAAAUGUCUAAUAUAGGAAGUACAUUGUGAAACAGGGUUAAGACAUUCUGCAAGCACAAGUAUUUUUUAAAUUUUGGUAAUUCAAAUAAAAUGUACCAUAUUACACCAAAAUCAUCACAUUGGGAUUGUAAAUUAUGAUGUCUGGCUACCCUUUUGCAAGGCGCACCUGCUUACCUUUGUACUGAAAGUAUUAUAGCAAUGUAAGAUAAGGCUGUGUCAGCAUAUCUAUUACAGACCCCUAUUUUCUGGGGUUCAUGAGUUGGCUGAUGGUAAUUUUGUUAUCAGAGAAACUUGAUGUGAAGUUUCAGUCCAGAAGCAAUUUUUAAUUCCAAUUUCCUUCUUAACAUAGAGAUUGGUUAUUUUUGUGUUGUAGAAGUAUAUUUAAGAAAAAUGUUUAAGUUAUUUAUGUACAAUGCAGAAUUAGGGUUUUGACAAAACAUACAAGCCUGUAAACACUGAUCUUUACUGUUUAAAGAACCCAGUCUUACAGUCUGUUACAUGUGUGAGUGUAUAUAUAGGAUAAGGCCUUAAAAAUCCAAAACAUCUCAGACCCUGAUCUAGCUAUUACCAGCAACUUCAGCAGAAAUCAUAGCAAGCAUUACACCCAGUAGUGUUUGCAACAGUGAGAUCUCUAAUGGUAAACUUUUAAUGAUAACUUUUAAAUGGUCCUGAUCUAGUUCUUGCUUAACUUAAAGUACAUGCACUGGCCUCAAUGGAUAUGCUCAAAUGCUUACAGUGAAAUGGUCUAAUAUGUGUUCACAAGGCUGGGACCUACAAUGAUAACAGUAAGCAGUUUUAGACUUUAUUCAUGCACUUUUAAUAAGAAGAGUAUGUAUUUCAAAUAUAUUUUAAAAAGAGCUAGUCUGGUCAAUCAGGUGCAAAGUGAAACUAAAAAUAAAAACAAAUAGAUAUUUACCUGGGAGAUUAAAAAUAUAACCCAGAAGUUUUUAAAUUAUCUAUUUUUCACUUAAGAAUGUAUUAUUUAUCUUGUUGUCACAAGUAUAAAUUUAUAUUUUAAGAGUUCAUGACAAGCCUUUUCUUUUCCUUACAAAUUUAAAAUAAAUUAUUGACUUUAUGUGUAAAUCAGACUGUAAGUGUUCAUAAGAUCUCCAUUGCCUUACACCAGUGUCAAUUGGGAGUUGCUUCACUGGGGACUAUGGAAUCACACCUGGGUAAAACAGGUUUCAGUGAGAUGAGAACCAGACUCUUGGGUUUGUUUGAUGUGGGUGUUUAAAAAAAUUAAAAAUAUAUAUCAGCUAGACUGGUAACUUUUAAAGUCAGACUGUUGUUUAUUUAGUCUAAUAGAUGGAAAGUAUCAGAUACUUUUAAUUAAGUGGGCUUUAUAUAAACCAAAGGAUACUAUGGGCCCACUAAUACACAUGUAUAGGGCAUAAGCCAAAGCUCAUUGCAGUAAGGGAGUGUCUUUGAAACAUAAAAGACACCCAUUGGCUUCAGUGGGUUGUGCAUUGGGCCUAUGAUUCCCUUUAACAGAUGAGCACUUCACAUACAUAUCUGAGGGAAGAAUUGUCCUCUAUUACAUGUAUAUGUGUGUCUGAAUACACACAAGCACACACCUGUGAUAAAUAGAUAUGCAUACAGGAUAUAGCAUAUGCAUGCAUAUAUAUAUUGCUAUGUAUAUUACAUAUACUUUAUGCAAUAUAUAUAUGUAUAUAUAAUGUGAGUGUGUUUGUGUGUAUGUAUAUAUAUAUAUAUAUAUAGCAUGACUUAUGUAAUAUACAUGCACAUACACAAUGUUUGUGUGUAUGUAUUUACCAAAAAUAGUAAUCAUUCAAACAUAUUAAAGGGACCUUCUAAAAUAUGGGAAAAGUGUUUGAACUACAAAGCAUCCUUGUGAAAUUUUUAAAUGAAAGUGUAUAUUAAUUCUUAUUGCAUUCAUGUAAUUUUGCAAUUCUCUGUUUAAACAUUAAAUAUCUUCUAUAGCAGCAAAAUAACUAAAUGCUUGUUCAUAUUUUCAUAAUGUUGACUUAAUUUAUUAACUGAAAGAUGACUAUAAGGAGGUAUUAGCAGAACUGGUGAGUUUUAAUACAAGUAUAUAUAAGUGUGUAUAUAAUAUAUAUAGAUAUAGACAUCAACAUUUCUAGAGUUUUUGCUUCAGAGCAAGCACUUUAAAAUGUCCAGUUAGAAUAUGUUUUUAUGGUAUUGCUGAUGAGAAAUAAAGUUAAUCUAUUAGCAUUUAUAACAAAGAAGUAAUGGAUUUCAUGAUUUAAAGCAGGUAAAUGUUGUUAAUAUAAAGCCCUGUGAUGAUGUUUUAUAAUCUGAGUAAAAUAAAGAGAUGUUGUAAACUG